AGCGGACUUCAGAGAUGGGGUGAAGAGUGGGUCGAAGGCUCGUCGCGUAGCCCUCCCGCGGGCCGGCGGAUGUUAGGCAGCCGAGGGGCGGGCCUAGCACCGGAAGCAGGAAGGAGGGCGCAGGAAGCAGGGCGCCGCAGCCAGUCGUACUGCCGGCCAGUGGGUCUGUCGGUGCCCAGGGCGGGAUGGAGAAGCUGCGGCUCCUGGGGCUCCGCUACCAGGAGUACGUGACUCGUCACCCGGCCGCCACGGCCCAGCUGGAGACGGCGGUGCGGGGCCUCAGUUACCUGCUGGCAGGUCGCUUCGCCGAUUCGCACGAGCUGUCGGAGCUGGUGUACUCCGCCUCCAACCUGCUCGUGCUGCUCAACGACGCGAUCCUGCGCAAGGAGCUCCGGAAGAAGUUGCCUGUGUCGCUGACGCAGCAGAAGCUGCUGACAUGGCUGAGCGUGCUGGAGUGCGUGGAGGUCUUCAUGGAGAUGGGGGCCGCCAAGGUGUGGGGCGAAGUGGGGCGAUGGCUCGUCAUCGCCCUCAUCCAGCUAGCCAAGGCUGUCCUGAGGAUGCUCAUGCUGAUCUGGUUCAAGGCCGGCCUCCAGACCUCGCCCCCCAUUGUUCCGCUGGACAGGGAGACCCAGGCCCAGGCCCCAGACACUGACCACGGCCCUGGCGGCCAGGAGUCCUACGUGGGGAAGCGGUCAAACCGAGUGGUGCGGACGCUGCAGAACACGCCGGCCCUGCACGCCAGGCACUGGGGAGCGCCCCAGCAGCGGGAGGGGCGGCAGCAGCAGGUGGAGCCGAGCGUCCCCCCGACGCCGCUGGGGCUGCAGGAGACCAUCGCCGAGUCCCUGUACAUCGCCCGGCCCCUGCUGCACUUGCUCAGCCUGGGCCUGUGGGGUCAGCGGUCGUGGACACCCUGGCUGCUGGCCGGCGUUGUGGACGUGACCAGCCUGAGCCUCCUGAAUGACAGAAAGGGCCUGACCCGGAGGGAGCGGCUGGAGCUGCGGCGCCGCACCAUCAUGCUGCUCUACUACCUGCUGCGCUCGCCCUUCUACGACCGCUUCUCCGAGGCCAGGAUCCUCUUCCUGCUCCAGCUGCUGACAGACCACGUCCCUGGCAUCGGCCUGGUCGCAAGGCCGCUCAUGGACUACCUGCCCACCUGGCAGAAAAUUUACUUCUACAGCUGGGGCUGACAGAUCCCGGAGGUGGCGCCGGGGCUGCUGUCGGCCAGGGUGCGUCGGCCCUUCAGCGCCCGGGCCCUCUUCCCCAAUAAAACCGACUCUGGCAGUGUCCGAGCACGUGGCCUCUCUGUGCCCGCUGCCCAGGGCGCCAGGCCCCGCCCCUGCCGCAGCCCUGGUCGCCAGCAGCGUUGCUCAGUCCCUCCUGACCCUGCCUGUACCCUGGUGGUGGAGCCACUGCGGCUGGGCUGUGUCGCUGGGCCCGGGAACCUGCAGUUUAACCUCAUCGGGCAUGAGAGGUGCUCGCCACAGCAGCCGCGGGAGCAAACAGACUUCUCACUGGGCCCUGCGCAAACAGGGCUGCCCCGGCUCCCCGCUGCGGAGCCUGGUGUGUGGUCAGCCACAGUGGCCCUUCAAGCCCAGGGUCCCCAGCUCACAGGGAAAGGGUGGCUGGGGCCAGUGAGGGCAGCACGCAAGGCUGAGGGAAAGCCGGGUGCAGAAUGAGGGCCCGUGACCUGGCGUCUCAGAACUUCCCUGCUGGCUCCAUGGGCUGCUGAGAGCGGAGUGGGCUGGCCCAGGGCUCACGGGCUGCGGAAGAACCAACUGCUGGAGGCCUGAGCCAGUGCACGGGCGUCUCUGGUUUCUGAAGGGCUCUGGCUGCACGUGUGUCCUCCGUGGCCCCUUCCAGCCGGGGCGGGGGCAGGGCGACCUGGCAGGCAGGAUCCGAGCUGCUGCUCCUGUGACCUCCGGCUUAGCUGGGGAAGCAGUCUGGACUCUUGCUCCAUCGCAGGCCCUGCGGCACGUGCUGCGCAGUCAGAGGUGAGCGAGGCCUAAUGCCCCGCCCCCGAGCUCUCGCCGAUCAAUGGCGACAUCUGCACACAGGGCCCGGGGCUGCUGCAGCCACGCCAAGUGUGCAGAAGGCAGCGGAGGAGGUGAGCAAAACCUUUGACCAGGCCUGCGCUUGCCGGAAGUGCCCAUCAAAACUUGGGCCGCGGGGCCAGUGUCGCAACUGGGAGGCUGGAGAGGCAGGCUCAGACCCGAUACUCACUCCAACCGGGGCAAGCAGCCACCUGGCCUACAGGGGGCAGCAGACAGUUCACGGACACUGUGUCUUAGGAAAAAACCCAUGCAUGGAUCUCAGAACGCUGCACCAAAAUAAAAAUCCUUUAAUUCCAAGUUCUU